ACAAGAGAAAACAAAGAGGCAAGCAAGAGAGAUAAGGGAGAGACGAAGGGAGCGUCCGCCCUCAAUGAGUGCCGCGAUCCCAGAGGGAGGAGUGGGGGCGACCACAGCGAGACACUUGUCUGCAAUGCCAUGGGACUACAACACAGUUGGGCCGAGAAGAUGGGACAUUUCACAGAGAAAACUUUGCUCCUGUGAGGAAGUGAGAAGCAUCAGAAAUAAAUGUCCACUGCGGAGGACGCUGGCUCUCAGGAGGUGUUCUACGCUGGACAGUGACAACAGCAAAGGAUCAUGGGAUGCGGCAUGCAAAAACAGCACCCAAAGCAAUGUGACAGAGGUGACAUUGUUUUUUGUUUUUUUAUCAGGACAUCCUUUUUACUAAGUGUCUGUUUACUUAUCACAUGAACCUUAAUCCUGUUUCCAUCUUUUCAAAGUGAGCAUUUCAGUUCCAGGUAAACACAAUUUAAUUCCCACACAUCCUAGCAUUUUAAGUUCAAGAUUAUUUGCGUUUAACAAACAACUUUACACAACUUGAUGCGCUCUACCAAGCUGCGACCAGUGAGUCUUUUGCUUUCAUUUAUGUAUGUCAUCAUUAUACAGUAGAACUACAUGUUUUUUAAUACCUCUCUUCUCUUUCAGCUAUCCGUGCGGCUCUGUUGAUCCAACGCUGGUAUCGUCAGUAUGUCGCUCGGCUGGAGAUGAGACGCAGGUGCACAUGGAACAUCUUCCAGUCCAUUGAAUAUGCUGGAGAACAAGACCAGAUCAAGCUGUACAAUUUUUUUGGCUUCCUGAUGGACCACCUCACCCCCGCCAGCAGUGAGCGAAACUUAAUAUCGCAUAUCUUCCAUGGGAACGAAAUCGGCCGUGACACAGAAUGGGAGUGCUACUUUUGCUACAAGAGUAUCGAGGUGCCGGACAGCUACGCGGGACCUCGGCCAACCUUCCCAAUGACCUUCUGCGGCGUGUCCAAGCUGGUGGAGGCCUUCAAGCACAAACAACAGCUCCAUGCUCGCUAUGUUCUACAGCUUCUUGGGGAGACUUGGAAACUGUUGCAAACUCUACCAAAUAUCAACAAGGUCUCCGUCUGCCAUACUAAGGAGAUAACCAUAUGCGGCGAUUUACACGGACAUCUGGAAGAUCUCCUGCUGAUAUUCUAUAAGAAUGGUUUGCCUUCAUCUGAGAAACCGUACGUGUUUAACGGCGACUUUGUGGACCGGGGGAAGAACUCGUUAGAGAUCCUACUAAUUCUGUUUGGGUUCCAGCUAGUCUAUCCUAACAACGUCCAUUUGAACAGGGGGAACCACGAGGACCACAUUGUUAAUCUAAGAUAUGGGUUCACCAAAGAAGUUCUGGGGAAAUACAGGUUGCAUGGAAAAAAGAUCUUAAAGCUUGUGCAGAAGAUCUUCAGCUGGCUGCCUUUAGCGACUAUAGUGGAUCACAAGGUGCUCAUAGUGCAUGGAGGGAUCUCUGACUGCACAGACCUCAACGUAAUAGCCAGACUGGACAGACAUAAAGUAAGAAAGCCCAACACCCAUCAGCAAACAACAGGUCCUGAUCUAUUAAGCAUAAAUUUUUUGGAAUUUGGCCAGUAUGUCUCGACCCUGAGGCCUCCAGAGCGAGGGUUUCAUACGACAGAGGACAACCGGGACGAGGAACCGGCAGAAAGUCGACGUCGUGUAUUUUCCCUUACUCAGGAGAGAUCGAGUCCAGCUCAUAGGCACAACAUUUCACGGCGCUCACUUCAAAAUCCUCCUCGGGGCGACCGAUUGCACUACUCCGUGGAAAGGGAGCUGAAGAAAAGACGGAGACAUGCCGGUUUUGACCAGUCUUAUGGAGACAUAAAUACAUCUGACCCCGGGGACACAGGGAGCGAUGACCAUGAGUGGAAACAAGUGGUGGACAUGCUGUGGAGCGACCCGAUUCCUCAGAAUGGAUGCAUCCCUAAUGAGGUGCGAGGCGGAGGCUGCUGCUGGGGCCCGGAUGUUACUGAAGAUGUUCUGGGACGACACAACCUGCAGCUUCUCAUCCGCUCGCACGAGUGCAAACAGGACGGCUACGAAUUCUGCCAUGACAGGAAGGUGCUUACUUUAUUCUCAGCUUCCAACUACUAUGAAGUAGGCAGCAACAGAGGAGCCUACAUCCGGAUGGGCCCCGACCUGAACCCUCACCUUGUUCAGUAUCAAGCCAGCAAGACUUGCAGGGAGCUAACCCUGCGACAAAGUGUCGGAUGGACGGAGAGGUCGGCCCUACAAGCUCUGAGGGAACAACUGUUUGUCCAUAAGUCGGAUCUCACCAGUGUCUUCCAGGAGUUUGACCCAAACAACACAGGGUUGAUCUCAGCACGGGACUGGGCCAGUGCCACAGAGAGUGUGCUAAAGCUGGGUGUACCCUGGAGGGUCCUGCGUCCUCAGCUUGUGAGCAUCACCGAGCAGGGCAUGGUGGACUACCAGCAGUGGAUAAGGGAGCUUUCACUCACAGAUCCUCAUCUGCAGAUCUCAGACACCAGCAUCCUAGAGACCAUGUACAAGAACCAUUCAAACCUUGAAACCAUCUUCCGGAUCAUAGAUACCGACCACUCAGGUCUAAUCUCGCUUGAGGAAUUUCGUCAAACCUGGAAACUGUUAAGCUCACACCUCAAGAAGGAAAUCAGUGACAAGGCCUUGGUGGACUUGGCUCACAGCAUUGACUUCAACAAGGACGGGGUCAUCGAUAUCAACGAGUUCAUGGAGGCGUUUCGCCUGGUGGAGGUCUCUGCACACAAGUAGGCAAAUAUGGAAAGUUUGUAUUUGGACGUUUGAAAAUGGGAACAUUAUAGCCACUGUAAAGACAACUUUUCAAUCUUGUGAAUUCUGAAUAAUAUGUUUUAAAUAAAGUUUG